CUGCCCUUACGUGUGCCAGAAAAAAAUCAUUCCCGUUCCGUGAGCAAACAGCCAAACACGACCUUAGAGUUUGGAGCAUGAAUGAAGCGUGAGACAAUUGGACGGUUAAACACAGAACCAGAGCCACAUGGCGAUCCUUGUGUCACCCGAUGGCCAUUCCCUCGCCUUAUGGCGGAGCAGUGUGAUGCCAAAAACGCCCAAGUCGAAGAGAUUAAGCUCAAUCCGGCAAACACGAGCAGCACUUGUUGAAGCAACGCCCAGACCCGAUGGACCCGUCUUGCGCCUUCAAGUGGAUCGAACUGAGGAUAUGCAGGCGGAGGCGAGAGCCAUGGCUCGUGCAGCUAAUGCCUCUGUCUACUCUCCCCAACUCCUCUUGAGCAAAUACGGGUCGCGUCCAUUGCAGGUUGUGCGGAGAACUGUUGAAAUACUGGUAGCUCUUGGUGGGUUUGCGUUGAAAUUGUUGGUGGACGAAAGGAAUGGAGUAUUGGAACGAAACAAGCGGAAGAGGGCAGCUGAGCUGAGAACCAUUUUCACUCGAUUGGGUCCGACUUUUGUUAAAUUAGGUCAGGGCUUGUCAACUCGGCCUGAUAUCUGUCCUCCUGAGUACCUGGAGGAGCUCUCUCAGCUUCAGGAUGCUUUACCCACCUUCCCCGAUGCAGAGGCAUUCGCGUGUAUUGAGAGGGAGCUGGGUCUUUCCCUUGAUUCCAUUUUCUCUUCAAUUUCUCCAUCUCCAAUUGCAGCCGCCAGUUUAGGCCAAGUUUACAAAGCUCAAUUAAAGUAUUCUGCCCAGAUUGUUGCUGUCAAGGUCCAACGCCCUGGCAUUGAAGACGCCAUUGGCCUCGAUUUUUAUCUUAUCAGAGGUCUUGGGUUCCUGAUAAAUAAAUACGUUGACAUAGUUACUAGUGAUGCCGUUGCCCUCAUUGACGAAUUUGCUCGCAGAGUUUAUCAAGAGCUCAACUACGUGCAGGAGGGACAAAAUGCCAGGAGGUUCAAAAAGUUAUAUGCUGAUAAGCAGGAUGUCCUUGUCCCGGAUAUCUUUUGGGAUUACACCAGUUGUAAAGUAUUAACCAUGGAGUGGGUUGAUGGAGUGAAACUAAAUGAACAAGAAGCCAUUGAGAGACAAGGUUUAAAGGUUUUGGAUCUGGUGAACACGGGUAUUCAGUGUAGUCUUCGGCAGCUACUGGAGUAUGGUUAUUUUCAUGCUGAUCCUCACCCUGGUAAUCUACUGGCAACACCUGAGGGGAAGCUUGCUUUUCUUGAUUUUGGAAUGAUGAGUGAAACACCUGAAGAAGCAAGAUCUGCAAUUAUCGGUCAUGUUGUUCACAUGGUGAAUCGAGAUUAUGAAGCGAUGGCCCUUGAUUACUAUGCUUUAAAGUUCUUAUCUCCUGAUGUAGAUGUAUCUCCAAUCGUGCCGGCACUCCGUGACUUCUUUGAUGAUGCACUUAGUUACAGUGUCAGUGAACUCAACUUCAAAACACUGGUGGAUGGUCUUGGUGCUGUUCUAUUCCAGUAUCCUUUCAAUGUCCCGGCCUAUUAUGCAUUGAUAUUGAGGUCACUCACUGUGCUAGAAGGUUUGGCACUUUAUGCCGAUCCGAAUUUCAAGGUCUUGGCUGCUUCAUACCCGUAUUUUGCUAAAAGGCUUCUCACAGAUCCAAAUCCAUACCUCAGAGAUGCUCUUAUUGAGUUGCUUUUUAAGGACGGAAGGUUUAGAUGGAAUAGACUUGAAAACCUUCUUGUUCAGGGAAGAAAAGAUAGAGACUUCUCAACCAAAGAUGCUUUACAACCUGUCUUGAAGCUACUACUGGAUGCAGAUGGUGAAGAGCUCAGGAUUUUGGUGAUUAAGGAGUCUGUUCGUGUAACCGAAGCUGUUGUUCUAGGCUCUCUCAUUGAUACCUACAAUUCUGUUCCUUAUUACAUGCAAACUCUAAUUUUUAACAGCAACGGUAACGGUAAUGGAUUCCUAUCAAUGAGCUAUGCUGAAACACAAAGCAUGAUAGAGCUUCGGGAUCAAGUUUUUAGGAUCUGGGGGCUUUUCCGUUCAUCUGAAAACUUCGAUCCAUCUAUUCUCCAACCGAUAUUACAGGUCCUUCAGCAACCUGAGGCACGAAAUCUUGGGGAACGUGUUGUUGGUGGGAUCUUUCAGCGUCUUGCAGCACGGUUUCUGCAGCAAUUACUCCGGUCACAAACAAUAAAUUCUACUUCAGUUUCAUAGGUAUUGCCAACAACUAAUACAAAUUACUUAUAGAAUGUUUCUUAAUGUAUUCUCUACCGAUAUUCUUUUUGUCUAUUACUGGCCACACUGGAGAGAAGACAAAUUAAAGCGGAUAAAACUGGUGUAAAUUUCUUAAUAAACCCCUUUUCGUGCUGUACUACUAUGGUAAUAUUCUCCAUAUCACUGUAUAAUACAAACAAAAUAGAAGCCAUUUCCAGAAA